CCACUGAGUUAGGAAUUUGAAGAGUCUGAUUUAAUUUUUUAUUUUUACAAGUGAAGCAAGCGAUGGAGAGCCAUGAGCAUCUAAAUAACAACUUUGGGGCAGUCAACUCUUCGGGGACUAUAAUGGAAAACUGGAAGAGGCUAUGUGCCAUGCUGCAGAACUCCAACGAACCGCCUGUCGUCGUCGGUGAUCUUCAGCGCAUUAUGCAGGAAGAAUCAAUUGAAAGCAAACAGGGAGCACCGCGUCUCAAAAAAAACUUUUGCCAAGUUUAUUCCUCAACAAAGAUGACAGGAGCCGCAGAAUCCAAAUUGGUACCAAUAUCAGAAGAUGGUUACAGUUGGAGAAAAUAUGGACAAAAAGGAGAGAAAGGUAAUGAAGGCUCGACGAGUUAUUACAUGUGCACAUAUCCCUAUUGCAAAAGAAAGAAAAAGGUGGGCAGAUCACUGGAUGGACAGAUUACUCAAGUAGCAUACAAGGGAACUCACAACCAUGAGGAAAGGAAGGACAUGAAUCAAAGUCUUUCUAGGAGUGUGUGGGAGUUGCGCGGCGGGGCGCCUUUGCUUAGCAUUACUCCAGAUGUCCUACCUAGCAUCGGCUCCAGUGUGGACAACGUCGACCAUGAAGAGCCAAUAUUGCAUGAGCAGAAACAUGAUCAUGAUCAACCAAGCCACGAGAACACUAACUAUGGCAAGCCAAGGCAGGCGACAAAGACUACUUCAGGGACAGAAUGGUUCUUUUUACUCACAAGCCUCGGCUUGGAGAUCUUAUCAGCUGCUUUUGAUCAGGCUUCCUCCCCAAGUAAACCACACUACGCACUAUUCGGUAUGCUGUUGGCUUUUGGGGCUCUACUCACUUGCAUAUGUGAGCUCCUUCACAAGGGUAUAAAAGAAGGAGUCGUGUUGAGGAGGUGGGGAAUGCUAUGGUGGUUUUAUUAUCCACCUCCUCGUUACACAGUUUUUGGUACCCUCCCUGACAUCUAUGGCUUAGCUGGUGGCAUCUCUCAGUGCGUUUGCUCGACAAUUCAAUAUAUUUACUUCUGUCGCCGUGUCAAUAAUCCUAUCAAAAUAUCCCUUUGGCCUACCAUCUUUCUUAUAUGCUUGGCUGCUUCAAGAUUGAAUGGGAAUCGAAAUGAGACCCUUGUACAUUAUGAUUAGAUAAAGCCUAAUUACAACUAUUAACGGGAUGGCUGACAUAUCUAUGGCUAUAAACUUUGAUUAUUAUUAUUAGUCAUUACAAAUAU